AUGGCAUUCAGUGGCCUUGAUAUCAUGGGCAAAGUAAAGGAGACACUGGGCGCUUACAAGGGUAGUUCAGAAACAGGAGACAGCAUGAAACUAACGCCAUUACUCAAGUGUAUGGAUGCCUGUGGCAUGAGUCAGUACAAAACCAUCAUCGAAGCCCGAAUCUGGCCGAAACUGCAGGACGCAAACAAGAAGAUCUCUAUCGAUAAAUGUUCUACAGUACUUAUUGAUGAAAUUGCCGCCUGCGUCAUUGGCGAUAAGAACAAGGUGAAAGGGAAGGUCCCCCUCGACAACCCGGAAGUUCAGGCUCUGGCUACGGACAUUAAAAUGAAAAUUGCGGCAAAAGCUGGGCAAGCGAUGCUGAAAUCAGCAGCAGUGGAUGCAACCACCGCCAGACUGACUGAUGUUUCCAAAUAUACAGGAACCCACGGUAAACGAUUCGACGAGAGCGGCAAAGGAAAAGGGCUGGAAGGACGCGCGGACCUCGUGGAUGCCUCUGGAUAUGUCGGCAAUUACAAAGGGGUCGGCACAUUUGGCAAGAAGUAG